CGGCAAUUUUAAAAUUAACCCAUUUAAAAUUUUAUUUCGUUAUGCACUUUUUCCACCAGAAUGGAUGUCGUUGGACUAGUUGGUGAAAGAUCUGGUAAAACAACAAUUCACAAAGUGAUUGUAUCUGAAAUGAAAGUAUCUGGAGGCGUCGUGUAUGUAAAAGGAAUUAACGUUCAUUCCCAUAAACGCAACAAAUUUAAGGCUUACAAAUAUAUGGGCUAUUGUCCACAAUUGAACUAUUUUGAGCCUCAGUUCACAGGACGGGAAAACCUAAAAAUAUUUUGCUUAAUAAGGGGCAUAAGGCCUUUACAAGUACGAGAAAUCAGUGAAGAGCUAGCAGAAAAUUUAAAUUUUAAGGAACAUUUGAAUAAGCGAUCGAAAAACUACACAGUUAGUGAUAAACGGAAACUCAGUAUUGCGAUAGCCGUAAUUGGUACACCACCUCUCAUUUUGUUGGAUGAGCCGACAGCUGGAGUAGAAAUGGCUCACCGAUCAGAUGUCUUAGACAUUCUUAAGGGCGUUAAUGAAUGUGGGAGUUCUAUUUUGCUGUCCUCAAACAACAUGGAGGACUUUCAAUCCUUGUGCACACGAUUAGUUCUACUGAAGCGUGGAAAACUAGUUCGAAUCGGACCAGUUGAAAGUUUUAAAGGAAAUGCUACUCGCGGCUUAGUGUUGUUGAUUAAAAUAAGGCCAUAUACACUUCAAAGAACACGGCUUCAACGGAGUCCAAGCAAUGAAGAUCAGAGUGUACAGAAUAUUACGUGGUUUUUAUUGACCUAUUUUGAAAGGGUGUACUUAUUAGAAAAAAAUCAACGUGAUGUCAUCUAUUAUAUUUACAGUACCUCAAUUCCACUUGCCAAAGCGUUCGAAAUUAUAGAAAAGAACCGUGUAAAACUUAAUAUUUCAGAGUAUUUCUUGAGACAAGAGAACAUGGAAUUGACUUUUGUGACGCAAAAUUUUCGAAUUCUUAAAUAAGA